GUACUAACAACACAAGAGACUGUAAUUCCCUUUUUUUCUUCAUCCUCUCAUUUUCUCUCUCCUCAACUCCCAGCACUUUCUCUCUCCUCACUUUCUCUCUCUACUUUCUCUCUCCUCUGUGGGUCGUCUCUGGCUUGACCAGUACCACGAUCUUUCUCUCUCCUCGAGCUCGAUCUCUUCAGCUACAAGCUGCUUGAAUCGUUGGUUUUUGUUUAAGGUUAGAAAUCGGUGUAAGUCAGCUGGUCAAAAUUUUGGUUCGAUCGACGCGUUUUUUGAGUCAAUUCUGAGGGCUGCGGCUGGGGUGUGUUAGAUUUGGCAUGCUGAUGCUGAAGAAGUAGAGAGAUUCAGAGCUUGCUUCUCUGAUUGGGAAACAAGAUGUUGGAAGCUUCGAAAUUUACCGGGAUCAUAGGUAUAAACAACAAUGAAAACAAAUUUUAUGACUUCUACAAGCUUGGUGUUGGUGAGAAUUCCAACAUGUCAAUCGACAGUUAUGCGAGCUUGGCAGCGAGCAAUGGUGGGGGUUCUGUUGCAAUGUCUGUUGAUAACAGCAGUGUAGGUUCUAAUGACUCACACACCCGAAUGUUGGGUCAUCAAGGAUUGAAACGUGUUAAUAUUGGUUCUUCAGUUGCUGGAAGUGUUAAUCAUCGAGGAAGGGUAACCCAUGCUUUAAGUGAUGAUGCACUUGCUCAAGCUCUUAUGGAUCCUAAUUACCCUACUGAGGGACUCGAGAAUUUCGAGGAGUGGACCAUUGACUUGAGGAAGCUUAACAUGGGUGAUGCAUUUGCACAGGGAGCUUUUGGGAAGCUUUACAGGGGCACUUAUGAAGGUGAGGAGGUUGCUAUUAAAAUUUUGGAGAGGCCAGAGAAUGAUCAGGAUCGGGCCCAACUGAUGGAGCAACAAUUUCAGCAAGAAGUUAUGAUGCUUGCUACAUUAAAGCAUCCAAAUAUUGUUCGAUUCAUUGGAGCAUGCCGUAAACCCAUGGUUUGGUGUAUUGUUACUGAAUAUGCAAAGGGUGGUUCAGUUCGACAGUUCUUGACAAAGAGGCAUAACAGAUCAGUGCCUUUGAAAUUAGCUGUCAAGCAGGCUUUGGAUGUGGCUAGAGGAAUGGAGUAUGUCCACCGACUUGGAUUGAUCCACAGGGAUUUAAAAUCUGAUAAUUUGUUGAUUUUUGCUGACAAAUCUAUAAAAAUUGCGGACUUUGGAGUUGCUAGGAUUGAGGUUCAGACUGAAGGAAUGACUCCAGAGACUGGAACAUACCGCUGGAUGGCUCCUGAAAUGAUCCAGCAUAGGCCUUACACACAGAAGGUCGAUGUGUACAGUUUUGGAAUAGUUCUUUGGGAGUUGAUAACAGGUAUGCUCCCAUUCCAGAAUAUGACAGCGGUCCAAGCAGCAUUCGCUGUGGUCAACAAGGGAGUUCGCCCAAUAGUCCCACCUGAUUGCCUGCCAGUGCUUGCUGAGAUCAUGACCCGUUGUUGGGAUCCGAAUCCCGAUGUGAGGCCGCCCUUCUCAGAUGUGGUGAAGAUGCUCGAGCAUGCAGAGACAGAGAUCAUGACCACUGUUCGUAAGGCACGUUUCAGGUGCUGCAUUACACAACCUAUGACUGCAGAUUAAUGCACAGAAAGACGAGAAAGGAGGAAUUUAAGGGAUAGGCACAGAUUUGUGUGGGGGGAAGGAUUUGGUACAACCCAAAGUUCUGCAGGGAAAGGUUGUUUUACUUAACCGUGUAUCUAUCAGGAUAUGAUUUUCUUACAUUCAGCUUAGAAAAAAAAAAGGUGGAAAAGUCGCGAUAAAAGUUGAGAACUGUGCUGGGUUUUCUGCUUUUUUUUUGUUUUUUUUUCUCUUUAAUUAUAAUUCAAAUGGAUUUCUAUGGUUGCCAUUAGUAGGAGGAAGAGAAGAAGAUAUGUGAUCUGUAUUUAUACAUGCGCCCUCGCUCUUGCUAUGAUGUUUAUUUACUCUUA